AUGGGCUACAGGCUUACCGCUUGCCUUUCUAGCCUGCGUCUUGUCUCGUACCUAGGUCGUGGUCUACGUUUCGGAGCUCAGUUGACGCAAAUUCUGCGACCCUUAAGUGGUGCUGCAGCUCCUCUUAAGGACGAAGAUCGGAUUUUUAACAACCUUUAUGGCAGGCAUGAUUGGCAUCUUAAAGGCGCAAUUCAACGGGGUCGUUGGUAUAAGACAAAGGAGAUCAUUUUGAAGGGCCAAGACUGGAUUGUUGAGGAGAUUAAAAAGUCGGGUCUUCGUGGUCGUGGUGGCGCUGGGUUUCCAACUGGUGUUAAGUGGGGCUUCAUGCGUAAACCCAGUGAUGGCCGUCCUCGCUAUUUAGUUGUCAAUGGCGAUGAGGGCGAGCCAGGUACCUGCAAGGAUCGCGAAAUUAUCCGCCAUGACCCACAUUCCCUCAUUGAGGGGUGCUUAAUAGCUGGAGUCGGUAACGGAGCCCAAGCAGCGUACAUCUACAUUCGGGGGGAAUUUUACAAUGAGGCUUGUAUUCUCCAAGAAGCUAUCAACGAAGCCUAUGACGCCGGAUUGAUAGGGAAAAAUUCCUGUGGUUCGGGCUAUCCUUUCGACGUCUACAUUCAUCGUGGUGGUGGAGCAUACAUUUGCGGUGAGGAAACCGCUCUCAUUGAAUCCAUUGAGGGGAAGCAGGGCAAACCUCGUCUGAAGCCACCUUUCCCCGCUGAUGUGGGUCUCUUCGGUUGUCCAACAACAGUAAACAACGUCGAGACAGUGGCUUCCGCUCCCACCAUCUGUCGAAGAGGGGGUGAAUGGUUCGCAUCCUUUGGACGGGAGAGGAAUCAUGGAACUAAGCUCUUCAAUAUCUCUGGUCAUGUGAACAAUCCGUGCACGGUGGAGGAGAGCAUGUCGAUUCCUCUAAAAGAUCUGAUUGAGCGUCAUGCGGGUGGUGUUCGAGGUGGCUGGGAAAACCUAUUGGCUGUUAUUCCAGGUGGCAGUUCUACACCCGUUAUUCCAAAGAGCAUCUGCGAAACAGUACUGAUGGACUUUGACGCCCUGGCAGAGGUGCAGUCAGGACUGGGCACUGCGGCAGUCAUAGUGAUAGACAAGUCGGCAGACAUAAUCCGCUGUAUUGCGCGUCUCAGUGAGUUCUAUAAGCACGAGUCCUGCGGCCAAUGUACGCCAUGUCGCGAGGGCUGCACGUGGAUGUGGAAGGUUAUGCAGCGCUUUCAAACGGGCAAUGCAAAAGAGGAGGAGAUCGCGUUUCUUAACGAGAUAUCCAAACAAAUCGAGGGUCAUACCAUCUGCGCUUUCGGCGAGGGCGCCUCUUGGCCCGUUCAGGGUCUCAUCCGUCACUUCACACCGGAGAUCAAGCGUCGCAUUGCCGAGUACUCGUCGAAGAGAGCUCAGGCUGCAGCUGGCUAA